CGGCGCCGGGUCCUGGGUGCAGGUGUCCCCCGCGGCGCGGUGUCUCGGAGCAGCGGCUGCUCUCCCUCCAGCGUCAGGACGAGUCCCGUGCGUGUGCGUCCGCGGAGAUCUUUCUCAUCUCGCUCGGCUGCGGGCACUCGGGCUGAAGCGACUGAGUCCGAGAUGGAGAAAACUUUAGAAACUGUUCCUUUGGAGAGGAAAAAGAGAGAAAAGGAACAGUUCCGUAAACUCUUUAUUGGUGGCUUGAGCUUUGAAACCACAGAAGAAAGUUUGAGAAGCUACUACGAGCAAUGGGGAAAGCUCACAGACUGUGUGGUUAUGAGAGAUCCUGCAAGCAAGAGAUCAAGAGGAUUUGGUUUUGUAACUUUCUCUUCUAUGGCCGAGGUUGAUGCUGCCAUGACUGCAAGGCCUCAUUCCAUUGAUGGCAGGGUAGUUGAGCCAAAACGUGCUGUAGCAAGAGAGGAGUCUGGAAAGCCAGGUGCCCAUGUGACUGUGAAGAAGCUGUUUGUUGGUGGAAUUAAAGAAGAUACUGAGGAACACCACCUUAGAGAUUAUUUCGAAGAAUAUGGAAAAAUUGAUACUAUUGAAAUAAUUACUGAUAGGCAGUCUGGGAAGAAAAGAGGCUUUGGCUUUGUUACUUUUGAUGACCAUGAUCCUGUGGAUAAAAUUGUAUUGCAAAAAUAUCACACCAUCAAUGGUCACAAUGCAGAAGUUAGAAAGGCAUUGUCUAGACAAGAAAUGCAGGAAGUCCAAAGUUCAAGGAGUGGAAGAGGAGGAAACUUUGGUUUCGGGGAUUCUCGUGGUGGCGGCGGCAAUUUUGGACCAGGACCAGGAAGCAACUUUAGGGGGGGAUCUGAUGGAUAUGGAAGUGGACGUGGAUUUGGGGAUGGCUAUAAUGGGUAUGGAGGAGGACCCGGAGGUGGCAAUUUUGGAGGUAGCCCUGGUUAUGGAGGAGGAAGAGGAGGAUAUGGUGGUGGAGGACCUGGAUAUGGCAACCAGGGUGGGGGCUACGGAGGUGGUUAUGACAACUAUGGAGGAGGAAAUUAUGGAAGUGGAAAUUACAAUGAUUUUGGAAAUUAUAACCAGCAACCUUCUAACUAUGGCCCAAUGAAGAGUGGAAACUUUGGUGGUAGCAGGAACAUGGGAGGACCAUAUGGUGGAGGAAACUAUGGUCCUGGAGGAAGUGGAGGAAGUGGGGGCUAUGGUGGGAGGAGCCGAUACUGAGCUUCUUCCUACUUACCAUGGGCUUCACUGUAUAAAUAGGAGAGGAUGAGAGCCCAGAGGUAACAGAACAGCUUCAGGUUAUCGAAAUAACAAUGUUAAGGAAACUCUUAUCUCAGUCAUGCAUAAAUAUGCAGUGAUAUGGCAGAAGACACCAGAGCAGAUGCAGAAAGCCAUUUUGUGAAUGGAUUGGAUUAUUUAAUAACAUUACCUUACUGUGGAGGAAGGAUUGUAAAAAAAUGCCUUUGAGACAGUUUCUUAGCUUUUUAAUUGUUGUUUCUUUCUAGUGGUCUUUGUAAGAGUGUAGAAGCAUUCCUUCUUUGAUAAUGUUAAAUUUGUAAGUUUCAGGUGACAUGUGAAACCUUUUUUAAGAUUUUUCUCAAAAGUUUUGAAAAGCUAUUAGCCAGGAUCAUGGUGUAAUAAAACAUAACGUUUUUCCUUUAAAAAUUUAAGUGCGUGUGUAGAGUUAAGAAGCUGUUGUACAUUUAUGAUUUAAUAAAAUAAUUCUAAAGG